AUCGAGGGACGAGGUAAGAUGGCUGCCACUGCGUCUGCUGCACCCGUAGCAUCUGUGCCUGAUACUUCUGCAGGUGAUGGACACAACGCGCCGAGCAGGUUAAUUUUACCAUUUUUGCGACUUCCACGCGAGCUUCGUGAUCAGAUCUAUAACCAUGCCUUCAACAUCCCCGAUAAGCGCAGUGAUCGCGCCCUUCGCAUCGAGCGCCGCAACCUGAAGCACUUUUGCCCCAGCGCCGCCGCCCUACUCCUCAUCCUGCACCACGAGUACUUCCUUCUCAACCGCCAGGUCGCCCUGGAGGCCCUCGAAGCACUUUUCAAGCACCAUACCGUCUUUCUCAGCUGCGGACCCUUCGUCCUGAAAUUGCUGCUCGAAGCUGUCGAACAACACGAGUCCGGCGCUCAAUGGCUCACAUGGUUGAAAGCCAUCGAGCUGGACUGGGUCACAUUCCCCGACCUGCGCAUGUACCCGCCAGACCGCACGGAGGGGCGUGACGAAUGGUGGUUUGAGAGCGGCGGCGGCGAAGGCCACGACAAUAUCGAGGUCGACGUCGACUACGUGCGCGGCGCUGCUUACAACGGGCACUACGAUGAGCACGACCAUACGGGCGGCUACUAUGACGACAACUUCUACGACCCCGCCGACACCGCGCUGUACCCUGCAUAUACUCACCAUGCCCCUGCCCUAAACCCCAAUACCGCCGCGAAUGACCUCUCCAGCCUAUUCGACCACAAUCCGUUCCAGGACGCUGAGGAGGCGUACCACCCUACAACGACCUCGCAUACGGUGGAGGACUUGAGCACGAAACUCGAUCUAUUAGUUGACAUGGAAGUCGCGCCGCUCUUCACAUACUUCUCUAACACUACUUUCCCCCAUCUGACCUCAGUGACCCUUCCGCUGUACUUCAUCUCGCGCGAGUCCUUCUGGCACCGCCGCAACAGCCGUCCCGGCUACACGCUGCCGUUGAAGGUGCGGUACUGGGUGCACGUCGCCGCUCACGCGUUGUGUAUGCUGGAUGCGUCGACGACGCUGGCCGAGGUGCGCGUCAAGUACAUGCCUUGGGACAUCUGGGCGAGCAUGGACAGCUGCGAUGACCUGUCACGGAUCGUGGAGCGGGGUGUAUGGUUCAACGACCCUGUGACGGACGGAGAGGGUGGCGAGCGCGAGUAUGAAGGCGAGGCGUUUCGGUGCGUGUGGGACAUGCUAGUAGAAAGAGGGUUGUGCGCAGGGAAUGGAGGGACGCGGAUGGGUCUCCAGUCUUCUAUCAGGCUCGUCAAGUGGGAUGGCGAGAUGGACAGUUAUCGGGUAGGAGACGAGCUAGAAGUUAUCUUUACAAAGGCUGGGAGGCACUCGCAAACAGAACCUGCACUCACUGAGUGAUAGGUGAGAGUAGAUCACAAGCAUGAGUACUCGCUC